UGGAUCGAGUGCCAGCAGCGCGCGGUGCACGCGCAUGGACCCGGGACCCCUGUAACGGUUCCAGACGGAGCGCGUUGGCGGUGGGGAGGCUCGGUUCUUCAGCCCCUCUGAAGCUCCCGGAGGCUACUGAGUGACAGCUGAGGGGAGCAGGGAGGACCGGGACGCACGCGCCUGUCGGGUCCUGCGCGCGGCACCAUGAGCGUCCCGCUGUACGCGCCGACCCCCGUCCAGCCGGCCCCCCCCACGCCCUUCUACAUCGAGGACAUCCUGGGGAGGACCGCCACCACCACCGCCAUCCUCUCGGCCCCCUCCUCGUCCCCCUCCACGGCCUCGUCCUGCUGCUCCACCCCGGUGGUCCCCAUCCCCACCCUGCCGUCCCCCCACUCCUCCUUCACCAGCCUGCUCCCCCCCUACAGGACGCACGUCUACGAGCCCACCCCGAUCCACCCGGCGCUGUCUCACGCCGCCCUCACGGCCUCCUACGCCCCCGGGGGGGCUUUCGCCGGCUCCCUGUACCCGUUCCACGCGCAGCCCCCGCGCACCGUCGGGGAGUACGCGCACGCGCUGCUGCGGCCCGACGCUCUGGGGAAGCCGCUGCUGUGGACGCCCUUCAUCCAGAGGCCCCUGCACAAGAGGAAAGGCGGACAGGUCCGGUUCUCCAAUGACCAGACCGUGGAGCUGGAGAAGAAGUUUGAGUCGCAGAAAUAUCUUUCCCCCCCCGAGAGGAAACGGCUGGCCAAGAUGCUGCAGCUCAGCGAGAGACAGGUUAAAACCUGGUUCCAGAACCGCCGGGCUAAGUGGCGCAGGCUGAAACAGGAGAACCCCCAGGCUGGGAAGAGGGAGGCGGAGGAGGACUGCGCCCCCGGUAGGAACGAUACAGCCGACGUAGGGCCGGGGCAGGAGCUGGAGCAGGCCCACACGGCUCUGCAGCCCCCCCCCACACACACACACCCGGACUCAGACGUGUCCGACGACACGGACCAGGAGCUGGACAUAGAAGACGAGCAGGAGUUCACACUAAAGCCCGACCCAGACCCACAGAGUCCGGACAGAGUCCACUAGAGCCUCAGAGGGAGAACCAGAGCCCCGGACA